AUGUACUCGCAUUUUAUCUUUCAGCCUGACCGAAUAGCGCAGCCAUGUCAUGGUAUGUACGGGUCACCACUCAUUUGCCGUGGAAGAGCGGUCGGAAUGAUGAUGGCUCCAGACGCUCAGUGGACCAACUGUACAGGAUUUAGUAAUAUCAUCCACAUCCUAUCGAGUAAUUACCUCAGGGAAUUUAUGGAAUGUGUUAGCACUCUAUUUGAGCCAGAAGAAAAGCCGAACUGGGUCAUGAUGAAAAAGCAACUGUACGAGGACUUCAAAGAGGGCACAUACGAUUACGUCCCCGAGAUUUACGACAAGCUCACAAGUUCCAGCGAAUCUGCAUCCGACCUCUAA